AUGAAGAUGGUUCGGACUGAAAUUGUGUCCCUGCGGGGUAAAGGGAAGGAUAGUAGUGAGGCUGAGAAAGUGAGGAAGGAAGUCGCCAGAGUACGAACGGAGAUGGAAGAAAUAAGAGUAGAAGUUCGGAAGGUUAGGGAGGAAAUGGUGGCCCUCAAGGGGCGCAUGUCUGAUCUUGUGGCGACAUCGACCAGAUGUACUGAAAAGAUGACGGAAGGUGUUGAGUUGAUGAUGGCAAUGACAAAGUGGCUUAGAGCAAGGUUCCCAGAGACACCGAAGGAACUUCCGAAGCCUAGCGGCGAUUCUACAACGCCAGGUCAAGGAAGUCUGAUUGCGCAGAAGCCACCGCAUGCCCCGAGGCCCCAUACUACUCCAUCUCCCUCUCGGCCCGUGAUAUUGAAGACAGCCGUACCCCGCCCGACAGAAGAAUGA